GGAGACACAUUCUUUCUACCAGUCCGCCCGACCCCUACAACCUGCGAUCGGUUUCCAUUUCACCAAAAACGUGCAAAAAUUGCUUGUUUUCGCGCAAAUUAAGCAAGAUACUUUUGCAGCUUCGAAAAUACUAAUUGCGUCUACAAAGUUGGAUGCUCGUGCAUUGGUUUGGUCUACACGGUUGAUGAAAAGAUUUGGCGUCGCACCACGCCCUUGUCCUCUACCGCGUAUCGCGACUUGUCGCGGCGACCACGGCCACAUUUCGACGCCAACCUGGCCGGCAUCACAGCCAGCAAUAUGGCGCAGCCUACACUCGCCGAAAUGAACGACUCUGCAGCCUUCAACUCUGCGCCAGACGCGCAGGUACCUGCUAUGAAGCGAAAGCGCGACGCAGAUGGCGAUGACGAUAUGCAACUCAGCGAAGAUCAUAGCAAGAACGACCCAGAGACGCUCGCAGCUGUCGCAGAUGAUGGCAAAUCUAUCUUGCACUAUGUUGGUGCACUGGAGAACUUCGACGAAUCGGCCUUGCUAACGCGACCAUUCACAAAUGCCGAGCUAGAUCACGCGAAUCGAGGCAUUAAGCGCCAAAAACCCAACGAUGAAACCUUUAGAUCCAGCAUUUCCGACCGGGUGGCGAGCGGCGAGUACAAGAGUCUUGAAGAAGUCGCUGCCGAUAUCACUUGUGCGGUUGACGCAAUGAUUAAAGACCUCAGCAACCAAAAGGUUGAGGAAGAGACGGAAGUACCGGCCACGACAACUUCAACAAUAGCACAGCUGAAACGACUACGCACCAAAGCCGCCGAUAUUCUCGCUCGUGAACGCGCCUAUCCCAAGUCAGCACAUACAACGGAUACCGACUUAAACGCAGACCUUGGGGCUAUUGAUUCUAAUACUGGCGAAUAUGUCCUGUCCAUCCUCGGAUAUGCACCGCAAGAACGCCGCCUCUUUUCCAGUUUGCCGCUUAGAAAAGGCGAUACAUCUCUCCAGGACACUGGACUCCCCCCCGGCGUCUCCAUUAGCAAAGUUUUGCCCACCAAGGCGCAAGCCAACACGCAUACGCUUGGUGACGUCUUUGGUUCUGCUCGACCUAUGCCACUGCAGCCACCUAAGCAGCCGAAAACCCAAGCCAAAGGCAACACUCUUGACUUUUACCAUCCAGGAAUGUCGGAUAGCCAACGGUCUCGCGGAAACAACUACUUUGCCACAAAGCUCUCAUCGGGCUACUAUCUUGACUACAGCCAUGCUACACCUUCUUCCCAAACUGUACCGAAGCAGCGGGAACGAGCAGAGAGUCUAGCAGGAAGAAAACCGUCCACAGCAGAGCUGGCCAUGUCAGAAGUGGAUAGCCUUUUCCGUGGAGCGUUUUCAAGCUUCGCACCUACUAAAGAUGAUUCUUCCGCUGUGGUACCAUCAUCGGUAGCUAGCCGCGUAUGGUGGCAGAAGGGGGGUCUUAGAAGCUUUCAGCGUAUGAUUGAGUCUGUUUAUGGUGGUGCCAAUGAAGAGGCAGAUAAGAACCAAAAGGCAACCGAGGUCGAUGAGAAGGCUAUAAAACAGGCUAUUGACGAGUGGGAUGACUCUGCGGUUGACCCGUCUCUUCAAGAUGCCAUGGGAUCAAAGCCCGAGCACAAAGACGAUGUCGAUGGCCUCCUCGAUGAAGUUAGCGAUUUGAUUGAGACCCUGGCCUCUUACCAGCGCAUCCGAAAUCUCACUCUCCCGAGCACUCAAAAUCGCCAAUCCGGAGAACCCCCAAGCGCAGAUAUGCUUACGCAUGAUGUACCUGAGCCAACUGAGGAGGAAUGUGCUACGUAUGAGGUCCUCAAAGCCCAACUCAGCCUUAUUAUCAAGACCCUUCCCCCAUAUGCUGUUUCUAAGCUUAAUGGAGACCAGCUGGACGAGCUCCUCAUUAGCACGAAGAUGCAGAUCCACACCGAUGAAUACAACGGUGUGAUGGAAGAAGAUGAAGCUGGAGUUCAAGCACGCCUACGAGCACAGCAAGCGGCAGCGCAAGCUAGUCCUCGUGCCACCCCUCAGAGACCAAAUGCUGCUGCGCCGCAACAUGUAGCACAGUAUCAAGCAUCUCAGUAUGGAACGCCUGGGCGGACUCCCGCUCACCAGCAGUUCUACCGCCCUCAACAGAAUGCUCAAUUCCAACAACAGCGCAACUUUACAGCCCCUUCACCACAACGACCCCCGCAACCAAAUCAAUAUACCCGCCCGAACGGGUUCCAAAGCCAGUUUGCUACACAGCUGGCAAAAGCACAAACUCCUUAUGGCCAUCAGAACAUGCAGCAAUUUGCGGGCCAGCAGCGUCCAGCGCAACUACAACAGACUCCCCAAGGCACACCCAACGCACGAUUCCAGUAUCCUCAAGGAUAUCAGCAGCAGGCUGGUACUCCCACUCCCGCAGGGUACUCUGGGUUCCCUAACGGCGCUGGACCUCAACAGCGAGCAAUGUCGUCUCAGAUGCAUCAACGUCAACCGCAAAGCCCAUCACCAAACAUGCAGCAGAACCGCUUCAACGCUGCUCCGGGGCCUGGGUUAACUGGUUAUCAUACUGUCAUCUCUGAAGCCCAACAGCAACGCAUUCUUGACCAAGCGAAAGCUAGAGUCGCCGCUCAGGAUCGGUCGUCGUCGUAUGGUGGUGCCAUGGGAUCACCCGGAUUCCCCAUGAAUGCAAUGAGACAAGGCGUUCAAACACCGUCUGGUCAGAGGAUGAAUGGCGCUCACAAUCUUGGAACGCCCCCAAUCCCUUCCAAAGUGACGCCGGUUCCCGUGCCUGUGAUUCCUGGAUCACAGCACCCAGGUCAGCAAUGAUCAGACCGAUUGAUGGGGUAGAUUUUGAUUUAUGUGUGCAACGGAGUUUGGUACUAUGGUUCAACGGCUAAACGUUUGAUUGGCGUUUCGAAUAAAACUGAUUUCUUGCCAGGGGCAACUAGCGUGGACGCCAGCUUGCCAAGCUAGCUGCUUGAUUUAGCGAAGCUGACUUGUGCCCCCGACUGGCUGAGUUUAGAUGUUGCUUUAUGUAUUAAAUAUGCUUAAUUUACAUGUAUCUGUAACUCUCACACUAGUUUCUAUAAAUGAUAUGGUGCCGAACAAUGG